AACAAUUUUGCCAAAUUAGCCACCGAUUAAGUUAUCAAAGAUAAUCGUCAAAUUUUCAGCUGUAUCAUCGUCUUCAAGGUAAAUAAAUCAACCAAUAAUAUGAAAGAAGAAAUACGAUUGGUCGGUAAAUAAGAUGAGUCAGCACAUGUGUGAGGGAUUUAAUACACGCUGCAUAGGAACGUGCCUCGAGUCUUAGCUCGCGUCGCGAUGGUCACAAGUUUGCAAGUCGCUUUGUUUUUGUUUAGAAGUUUGAUUUAUACGAAGUUAUGUGAAUGAAUCGCGCGCUAAGCGAUUGAAUCGCACUACGAGAAGCGAACAAGAGAUUGUGAGAGAUAAAGAGUGAGAUAAAGGAAAAUCUCGUCUCGAAGAGAUAAAAACGUAUUUGCACACCACUAUUCUAUACACUCGGCGACUUUGAAAUUUUACAAAGGUCUCGCGAAAGAUAUUGAUUUGAAGAGUACGAAAUUUGCACGAAUUGGCUCUGCAAAUUGUCGCAAUUCGACUCGAGCGAGCGGGAAAGAAUGACGCGCCCCGCCAGGAUUUUCACCGCGCGAAUUGUCACGUUUGACAUAAUUAACAUCAUGCACUUUUUGACAGUCAGCUGUGGUCGUGGUUUAUGAAGCAAUAAUCUCCUCAUCUCUGAGGUAACGCUGGUAACAACACAGUAAAAGACGUGUGACAAAUACACCCGCCUAAAACCUCUCACACUCUCGUAUGUAACAAGGCAAGCGUGAAGGGGAUUUUUAAAAGCACGUGAUCCUGCGCGGUGGAAAAUUAACGUAAAGAUGCAUCGCAUUGUCGAGUUGGUCAUAAAUAGCGCUUUGCUGUGGAUAUUCCUCCAGACCGCGAUGAGUGUACUGGUCACUGUCCUGUAUGAGUUUUGCAUUCCCUGGAUCAUUUGGGGCUCAUUGAUUGUCGUGGUAGCGUUGAAAUUGGCCCGAGUGUCCCCUCCGCCCUCCAGCACCAUACAAGAAGUACUCGGCGUGAAUCCGCUCCUCUUGAGCAAAGAUAACUCUGUGUCCGAAAACCAUGGUAAUGGAGAGCAAUAUUGCAUGCGAGUGGUGGCCCACCGUGGUGGAGGAUACGAUUAUCCUGAGAACAGUUUGUUGGCUUUUCGAAAUAGCAGAGGAAAGGGUUGCAGUGCAGUAGAGCUUGAUUUACGCCUAACAAAGGAUAACAUUCCAAUAAUAUUCCAUGAUUCAACAAUCGAAAGACUUACAGGCCAAACAGGAACAAUUAGUGAAAUGACAUGGGAAGAAUUAAGAGAAUUUGAUAUAACUUAUAAUCAUCCACUUAAAAAUAAAUUUUCUGAAGGCGAGAGGAUUGCAUUGUUUGAUGACGCAUUGCAAGAAUGUCUGAACAGCGAGCAAAGAAUAAUUAUAGAUAUAAAAGAGACAAGACUGGAUGUUGUGCAAGUUGUUAUAGAUGCCUACAAAAAAUAUCCAAAAUUGUUCCAGAGAGGCGUCGUGUCUAGUUUUAAUCCAAUCAUAGUGUAUAUGAUUAGGAAGAAAGAACCACGUAUUGUUUCAAGUCUCGCUUGGAGGCCGUUUUUUUUCUCGAGAGCAUCAUAUAUUGGUUUGGAAGCACCUGGCCCAGUACGAUAUCAUAAUCUGUUUAAGCAUUUGGCAGCUUGCAUCUUGGAAAUUUUGUACGAAUGGCUGCUACCGCGCUUUGUCUACUAUUUGGUUGGCAUUUCCGUCGUGCUGUUGCACAAGGACAUAGUAAAUCCACGCGUAAUCGAACGGUGGCGCGAACGCGGUGUCCGCGUGAUGGCAUGGACGGUGAAUCGGCCGUCGGAGAAAAUACAUUUCUCAAGGUUCCUUAAAAUCACCUAUUUAACCGAUACGCUACAUCUAGAGAAGGACAUGUAGUAAUGUCCGACAUAUUUUUAUUCAGUAUUAAAUUUCAAUGACUUUGUACCAUACACUGGCAUUAUGCACGUACAAAUUUUUAUACUUUCGACUAUACAGAUUACAUGUCAUUGAUAUCAACUAUCUAGUCGGGUCG